AUGUUCAACAAGGCGGUCUUGGCUUUGCCACUCCUCUACUCAGCAUCACCUGCCUUCGCUACACCUCUUGAACAACGCGAAGCAGCCCCAGGUCUUAUAGAUGGACUACUCACAGGUGUCCUCGAUCCUAUCCGACAGUCCAUCAAGGACAUCUUGACAGGCGUCAAGUCCGGUGUUGCAGAUGAUGAGGUAUCAAGCAAGCCAUUGAUAUGCUUAUCGACCGUUGAUAAGUGCUGUGUCUGGUACGAUGUCUCCACCGAACUCACAAAACGCUUCAAAGAAACCAACGGUCAAUGCAACGAUGCUGCCCGUGCCGCCAUCCGUUUCGGCUUCCAUGACGCGGGCGCCUGGGACAAAGACACCACGACCGGCGGCGCAGACGGCUCCCUCAUGAUGGACUUCGGUGAAAUUGACCGCCCGGAGAACAACGGCCUGCAAAGCGUCCGCCUCCUCCUCCGCGAAGUCCAAGCCAAGUUUAAAGUCGGCUACGCAGACCUCGCACAGUACGCGCACAACCACGCCACCAUCUCCUGCCCCAAAGGCCCUCGCAUCCGCACCUGGGUCGGCCGCAACGACGCCACAGGACCUGCUCCUGAGGGCAAGCUGCCAGAUGUGCACGACACGCCUGACAAUCUAAUCGCCCUCUUCGAGCGCAAGGGAUUCUCCGCGCAUGACCUCGCUGCCCUUGUCGGCGCGCACGCUGCGGCUAAGCAGCGCUUCGUCGACACUUCUCAAGCGGGGAAACCACUCGACACCACACCAGGCGUGUGGGACGUCGAGUUCUACAACGACACACUGCAAGAACCUCAAAACCCGGAUAUCUUUGUCCUCCCUAGUGAUAAGGUGUUGAGCGUGCAUCCGAAGAUUCACGAUGAGUGGCUAGAGUUCGUGGGCGAUCAGCCGCAUUGGAAUGAAGAUUAUGCGAAGGCGUAUAUUAGGAUGAGUUUGUUGGGGGUGCAGACGGAUGCGUUGAAGGGGUUGAAGGAUUGUACGAGGACGUUGCCGAAGAAGACGAAUUUGUAG